GCGUAAAAGAUUUGAAUACUUCCAUACAAAGCAUUUUUCUGAACUGCCACUAUGAUAUCAUUCUCCACCCAGCAUUCCGAAAUAUUCAGCAAGGGACCCGCUGAGCACGUUCUCUACAAUUAAAACUUUGAGCACAUCUAAACUUCUACUUUCAUUCGCUAAUGCACUGUUGCUCCAACUUAUAAAGUUUUGAACAAUGCCAACUUCACUACUUACCUUCCUUCUGGGUGCUCUACUCUUCAGUACUUGGACAACUGGGCUAUCUCAAGCACCAGCUCCUGCUGGAGCAGGUCAAGCCAUCAGUGCCUCUGACAGAAUCUAUACAGCGGAUCAGACAUCAAACACUAUCACAGUCAUCAAGCCUCUGACAAAUGAAGUUCUUGGAACAAUCUCCUUGGGAAAACCACGUUUGACAGAUCAACUCAACCCUCAAUAUCUUUCAGUCAUCAGUAGUCAUGGUUUGGGGUUCUCUCAAGAUGGACAAUAUAUCAGUCACACCAGUAUCGCAACAAGCACACUCACAGUCAUUCGUACCGCCAACAACAGCAUUGUCUCACAAACUACUGUUGAUAGAGCAUCUCACGAAUCCUUUUUUGCCCAUGAUGGCCAGACUGUGUGGGUUGCUUGCAGAGGCACGAAAUUUGUCAAUCUUGUGGAUCCUAUGAAAGGAGGUGUCAUUGAUAAAAUUGCAACUGAUGAUGGACCAAGUAAGGUUCUUUUUAGUCCUGAUGGCAAACUUGCCUAUGUCAACCAUAUCAGUGGGUUUCUUCUUUAUUUUACACUACCUUUACUUUCAUAACUGAGGAGAUGCAAUUCUGAGUGUAUUUAUAUAAGCAAAACUUUCAACCAAAAGCUAAACAAGUUUCUAGAAUCUCCAACUAUCAAUAUCAUCGAUGUUGCAUCACGGGAGGUCAUUGAGACAAUUUCUGGCUUAGCAGACGUCUUCUCCUCAGAUAUGAUGCUAUCGCCAGAUGGCCUUCAAAUCUGGGCAGUCCACAAGCAAGCUGGAAAAACGAGCGUUAUCAACCUUGAGACCAAAAAAGUCAUCGCAAUCCUAGAUACUGGAGCUGAGACCAAUCAUCCCAACUUCGCAGUCAUCAACGGGAUCACACAUGCUUUCAUCACUGUCGCUUCUGCCAACCAAACCCAAGUUUGGCGACAGGAUACGCCUGACUCACAACCAACUUUCGUCAAAUCAAUACAGGCCAAAGGAAUUGAACCCCAUGGAAUUUGGGGAAGUCCCGAUAACACACGAAUGUACUACGUAAACGAGCACAGCGACACCAUGGACGUCGUCGACAUCUCAACACUCGAAGUCAUCAACACCAUCCCCAUUGGCCAAGAAUCCCAGGCCCUGGUCUACGUCGCAGGAGCCGUCCCAGAUAGCGCGGUCUCAAGAGCCACAGGAAUAGAAGGGCUUACACAACAAGGUCUAGGAAGACGCUGUGAGAACCGCCUCAUCAAUGUCACCGGCUCAAAAGAAGCAACCGCCCUCUUCACGAUCCGUCAAUUGGAUGGCUUGGAUAUGCUGCAGAUUAUUGGACGGACUUUGGAGAUCAACCAGACGUACGUGGCGACGGCAACAUGCAAGUCAUGUAAUGGUGGGCGCUUGCAGCUUGUCUCAUUCAAUGCCACCACCCCCAUGCCGGGCAAGGCAGGAUGUGCCGUCGCGCCGCAAGUGUUGAGCUUUUUGCCUUUCUUUGCCAAUUACGAUAUUGAUAGUCUUGCGCUCGGGAAGGCUUAGGAAGAUUAGCCGCAUAAUCUUGUAAUAAAAUUUCUUGGGCCUGGAAGUGGCGAUGUUGGGGAAAAGUUCUAGACAAAGAUGUG